AUGUACGCGGAAGAAACUGUCAACGAUGUGGAAGAUAUCUUAAAUGAUGUUCAGAAUCUUGUUACGGUAACAUCCCAGUCAUCCUCACACGUAGACACUGAUGUCGGUGCUGUACCAGACGUUGAUAUCGAUGAUAGUAGUGACGAACAAGAACUACCGGCAGCAAAAGAUCCUUACGAUGAAGUUAGGCGUUUGUACGUUGCUACGCUACUAAAACUACGCGAAGGACACAUGCUUCCAGGCUCUAUUAUGCA